AUCGGCACCCUCGCCAGAUACAAAGACAAAUUUGAAGGGCUCCUUGGCUCUCUCCCUCACCCCACCGUCUUGUAUAGCAUUGAUGAAACUCAUGGUGUAAUCGUAUGUGAUCCUUGUAUAUUCUUCGUCGCUCAAACCCACAGAACUUUUACCUAGAGCCCACACACAAGCAUCGUGGUCAGCUAGGCGGGUGCUUAGCUCUGGGGAGUAAUUCAUGAAAUCCUGCAGGACAACUACUUCAGUCUUGUUGUUCUCGGGAAUUUCCAUCCAUGAAGGCAGGACUCGUCGAGAGAGCACUGUGAUGUUUGUUAUAGCGGCAUCCUGGACUGCUGUGCGGAAUAUCUGAAUGCCAGCUUGUUAAUUUCAUGUUUUUGAUGUACUAGGAAGAAGAGAUUGAAUGUUUCGAUGAAGCAUCGAAACUGGCAGCAGACAGAUUUUAUAUGUGAUAGCAUAAUAGCAACCAUGCCGGUCAGUCGUAAGCUAUCUUGAAGCCGAAGACGGAAUACGGUGGAUAGAAUGUACCAGUCGGCGCGGCAGAGGACGUGGCUCUCGUGUUAUUUAGUAAGGUUACAUUGUGCGAGUUUGAUAGCCUGAGGGGUGCGAGUGUUCCAGAACUUUACAAGACGUAGCCUCCUGCUUAUUGCAGCACCCCACUCCACUCUAGUCCAAACAUUAGAGCGAUAAGAUGCAUAUGAUGCCAGUGGUUUUUGAGUACGCCGUGGGCACUGCCAGAUUGUGGCUUCGUCUGUUGCAACGGGGUUAGUUUCGUCGAUUCUUUGCUGCACAAGUAUUGUCCCAAGUAAUGCACGCCCACCAACGCUCACCAACUGGUCGGUUUAACUCGUAUCAUGGUCCCAAACGACAACUCCUCGGAAAUCAUGCUGGCCACGUGGCCCCCGCUUGGAGAACUGGGGACAUAACGCCAAAUGCAAAUGAUAAGCAAGGGAGCAAGAUCCUUUUGAGUAGACUCCCAAUGGAUGUCGGAGAGACGGAAGUGGAGGACCUUUUCAAAAAGACAGUAGGCCCUCUUAAGGAGGUUUUCUUGAUAUACAACUCGCAAGCACGCUCCAGAGGAAUGGCUGUCGUGACUUUCCAGCGUCCAGGAGAUGCUGCAAUUGCACGUGCUAAAUAUGACGGAAAAUUUGUUGACGGCAGGCGGCCCAUUAAAAUUGAAAUUAUUGUGGAUUCACAAGAACCAGUGAGACCGUCACUCACUCCGCCCACUGCACCCUCGCUUUUGAAUAGGCUGGGAGGCGUUGCUGCCACGAAGGCUGCUGCUGCUGCUGCUGUUCCCCCUCCCCUUCUUCCUCUUCCUACAGGACCCAUAGCAAAAGUAGCCCCCAAACUCAUACAAGCUCGAAAACCCAAAGUUAUACCAGUAAAUUCGGCAGCACAGGCUGUCGUGCCCCAUCGCGUUCGACAGAAAAAAGGUCCCCGACGUGUCAAGAAGUCUCUGGCACAACUGGACAAAGAGAUGGAAGAUUACCGAGCCGCUGUCGAUUACUCCGACACUUCUAGACCAGAAUCCACGAAUGGUAUCUAAUGGCGAUAUAUUAUUUAUAGGGAUUUUACUGUUGCCUUGCGGAAUCAAUGGAUCUUCAUCAUCCUAUUCUCACAUCUUACAUCUAGGCAGAAUAUUGUGUCAUUCAUUGUCGCUCAAAAACGUACUAUACACGAAUAAAGUACACUAACUGGCAUUUCACU